AUGGGCAGGCAUCAACACGCAAGUUUUGCAGGUGCAUUCCCGGUCCCCCCCUUCCCCCUCUCCUGCAUGCUUUCCACCCACUGCAGCCCCCCUUCCCCCUCUCCUGCAUGCUUUCCACUCACUCCAGCCCCCCUUCCCCCUCUCCUGCAUGCUUUCCACUCACUCCAGCCCCCCUUCCCCCUCUCCUGCAUGCUUUCCACUCACUCCAGCCGCGCUCCCCCCUCUCCUGCAUGCUUUCCACCGACUCCAGCCACCCUUCCCCCUCUCCUGCAUGCUUUCCACCCACUCCAGCCCCCCUUCCCCCUCUCCUGCAUGCUUUCCACCCACUCCAGCCCCGCUUCCCCCUCUCCUGCAUGCUUUCCACUCAAUCCAGCCCCGUUUCCCCCUCUCCUGCAUGCUUUCCACCCACUCCAGCCCCCCUUCCCCCUCUCCUGCAUGCUUUCCACUCACUCCGGCCCCCCUUCCCCCUCUCCUGCAUGCUUUCCACUCACUCCAGGCCCCCUUCCCCCUCUCCUGCAUGCUUUCCACUCACUCCAGCACCGCUUCCCACUCUCCUGCAUGCUUUCCACCCACUCCAGCCCCCCUUCCCCCUCUCCUGCAUGCUUUCCACCCACUCCAGCCCCCCUUCCCCCUCUCCUGCAUGCUUUCAACCCACUCCAGCCCCCCUUCCCCCUCUCCUGCAUGCUUUCCACUCACUCCAGCCCCCCUUCCCCCUCUCCUGCAUGCUUUCCACCCACUCCAGCCCCCCUUCCCCCUCUCCUGCAUGCUUUCCACCCACUCCAGCCCCCCUUCCCCCUCUCCUGCAUGCUUUCCACCCACUCCAGCCCCCCUUCCCCCUCUCCUGCAUGCUUUCCAUCCACUGCAGCCCCCCUUCCCCCUCUCCUGCAUGCUUUCCACCCACUGCAGCCCCCCUUCCCCCUCUCCUGCAUGCUUUCCACUCACUCCAGCCCCCCUUCCCCCUCUCCUGCAUGCUUUCCACUCACUCCAGCACCGCUUCCCACUCUCCUGCAUGCUUUCAACCCACUCCAGCCCCCCUUCCCCCUCUCCUGCAUGCUUUCCACCCACUCCAGCACCCCUUCCCCCUCUCCUGCAUGCUUUCAACCCACUCCAGCCGCGCUCCCCCUUCUCCUGCAUGCUUUCCACCCACUCCAGCCCCCCUUCCCCCUCUCCUGCAUGCUUUCCACCCACUCCAGCCCCGCUUCCCACUCUCCUGCAUGCUUUCCACCCACUCCAUCCCCCCUUCCCCCUCUCCUGCAUGCUUUCCUCUCACUCCAGCCCCCCUUCCCCCUCUCCUGCAUGCUUUCCACCCACUCCAGCCCCCCUUCCCCCUCUCCUGCAUGCUUUCCACCCACUCCAGCCCCCCUUCCCCCUCUCCUGCAUGCUUUCCACUCACUCCAGCCCCGCUUCCCACUCUCCUGCAUGCUUUCCACCCACUCCAUCCCCCCUUUCCCCUCUCCUGCAUGCUUUCCACCCACUCCAGCCCCCCUUCACCCUCUCCUGCAUGCUUUCCACUCACUCCAGCCCCGCUUCCCACUCUCCUGCAUGCUUUCCACCCACUCCAUCCCCCCUUCCCCCUCUCCUGCAUGCUUUCCACCCACUCCAGCCCCCCUUCCCCCUCUCCUGCAUGCUUUCCACCCACUCCAGCCCCCCUUCCCCCUCUCCUGCAUACUUUCCACUCACUCCGGCCCCCCUUCCCCCUCUCCUGCAUGCUUUCCACUCACUCCAGCACCGCUUCCCACUCUCCUGCAUGCUUUCCACCCACUCCAGCCCCCCUUCCCCCUCUCCUGCAUGCUUUCCACCCACUCCAGCCCCGCUUCCCCCUCUCCUGCAUGCUUUCCACUCAAUCCAGCCCCGUUUCCCCCUCUCCUGCAUGCUUUCCACCCACUCCAGCCCCCCUUCCCCCUCUCCUGCAUGCUUUCCACUCACUCCGGCCCCCCUUCCCCCUCUCCUGCAUGCUUUCCACUCACUCCAGGCCCCCUUCCCCCUCUCCUGCAUGCUUUCCACUCACUCCAGCACCGCUUCCCACUCUCCUGCAUGCUUUCCACCCACUCCAGCCCCCCUUCCCCCUCUCCUGCAUGCUUUCCACCCACUCCAGCCCCCCUUCCCCCUCUCCUGCAUGCUUUCAACCCACUCCAGCCCCCCUUCCCCCUCUCCUGCAUGCUUUCCACUCACUCCAGCCCCCCUUCCCCCUCUCCUGCAUGCUCUCCACCCACUCCAGCCCCCCUUCCCCCUCUCCUGCAUGCUUUCCACCCACUCCAGCCCCCCUUCCCCCUCUCCUGCAUGCUUUCAACCCACUGCAGCCCCCCUUCCCCCUCUCCUGCAUGCUUUCCACUCACUCCAGCCCCCCUUCCCCCUCUCCUGCAUGCUUUCCACUCACUCCAGCCCCCCUUCCCCCUCUCCUGCAUGCUUUCCACUCACUCCAGCCGCGCUCCCCCCUCUCCUGCAUGCUUUCCACCGACUCCAGCCACCCUUCCCCCUCUCCUGCAUGCUUUCCACCCACUCCAGCCCCCCUUCCCCCUCUCCUGCAUGCUUUCCACCCACUCCAGCCCCGCUUCCCCCUCUCCUGCAUGCUUUCCACUCAAUCCAGCCCCGUUUCCCCCUCUCCUGCAUGCUUUCCACCCACUCCAGCCCCCCUUCCCCCUCUCCUGCAUGCUUUCCACUCACUCCGGCCCCCCUUCCCCCUCUCCUGCAUGCUUUCCACUCACUCCAGGCCCCCUUCCCCCUCUCCUGCAUGCUUUCCACUCACUCCAGCACCGCUUCCCACUCUCCUGCAUGCUUUCCACCCACUCCAGCCCCCCUUCCCCCUCUCCUGCAUGCUUUCCACCCACUCCAGCCCCCCUUCCCCCUCUCCUGCAUGCUUUCCACUCACUCCAGCCCCGCUUCCCACUCUCCUGCAUGCUUUCCACCCACUCCAUCCCCCCUUCCCCCUCUCCUGCAUGCUUUCCACCCACUCCAGCCCCCCUUCCCCCUCUCCUGCAUGCUUUCCACCCACUCCAGCCCCCCUUCCCCCUCUCCUGCAUGCUUUCCAUCCACUGCAGCCCCCCUUCCCCCUCUCCUGCAUGCUUUCCACCCACUGCAGCCCCCCUUCCCCCUCUCCUGCAUGCUUUCCACUCACUCCAGCCCCCCUUCCCCCUCUCCUGCAUGCUUUCCACUCACUCCAGCACCGCUUCCCACUCUCCUGCAUGCUUUCAACCCACUCCAGCCCCCCUUCCCCCUCUCCUGCAUGCUUUCCACCCACUCCAGCACCCCUUCCCCCUCUCCUGCAUGCUUUCAACCCACUCCAGCCGCGCUCCCCCUUCUCCUGCAUGCUUUCCACCCACUCCAGCCCCCCUUCCCCCUCUCCUGCAUGCUUUCCACCCACUCCAGCCCCGCUUCCCACUCUCCUGCAUGCUUUCCACCCACUCCAUCCCCCCUUCCCCCUCUCCUGCAUGCUUUCCACUCACUCCAGCCCCCCUUCCCCCUCUCCUGCAUGCUUUCCACCCACUCCAGCCCCCCUUCCCCCUCUCCUGCAUGCUUUCCACCCACUCCAGCCCCCCUUGCCCCUCUCCUGCAUGCUUUCCACUCACUCCAGCCCCGCUUCCCACUCUCCUGCAUGCUUUCCACCCACUCCAUCCCCCCUUCCCCCUCUCCUGCAUGCUUUCCACCCACUCCAGCCCCCCUUCCCCCUCUCCUGCAUGCUUUCCACCCACUCCAGCCCCCCUUCCCCCUCUCCUGCAUGCUUUCCACUCACUCCAGCCCCGCUUCCCACUCUCCUGCAUGCUUUCCACCCACUCCAUCCCCCCUUCCCCCUCUCCUGCAUGCUUUCCACCCACUCCAGCCCCCCUUCCCCCUCUCCUGCAUGCUUUCCACCCACUCCAGCCCCCCUUCCCCCUCUCCUGCAUGCUUUCAACCCACUCCAGCCCCCCUUCCCCCUCUCCUGCAUGCUUUCCACUCACUCCAGCCCCCCUUCCCCCUCUCCUGCAUGCUUUCCACCCACUCCAGCCCCCCUUCCCCCUCUCCUGCAUGCUUUCCACCCACUCCAGCCCCCCUUCCCACUCUCCUGCAUGCUUUCCACCCACUCCAGCCCCCCUUCCCUCUCUCCUGCAUGCUUUCCAUCCACUGCAGCCCCCCUUCCCCCUCUCCUGCAUGCUUUCCACCCACUGCAGCCCCCCUUCCCCCUCUCCUGCAUGCUUUCCACUCACUCCAGCCCCCCUUCCCCCUCUCCUGCAUGCUUUCCACUCACUCCAGCACCGCUUCCCACUCUCCUGCAUGCUUUCAACCCACUCCAGCCCCCCUUCCCCCUCUCCUGCAUGCUUUCCACCCACUCCAGCCCCCCUUCCCCCUCUCCUGCAUGCUUUCCACUCACUCCAGCACCGCUUCCCACUCUCCUGCAUGCUUUCAACCCACUCCAGCCCCCCUUCCCCCUCUCCUGCAUGCUUUCCACUCACUCCAGCCCCCCUUCCCACUCUCCUGCAUGCUUUCAACCCACUCCAGCCCCCCUUCCCCCUCUCCUGCAUGCUUUCCACCCACUCCAGCACCCCUUCCCCCUCUCCUGCAUGCUUUCAACCCACUCCAGCCGCGCUCCCCCUUCUCCUGCAUGCUUUCCACCCACUCCAGCCCCCCUUCCCCCUCUCCUGCAUGCUUUCCACCCACUCCAGCCCCGCUUCCCACUCUCCUGCAUGCUUUCCACCCACUCCAUCCCCCCUUCCCCCUCUCCUGCAUGCUUUCCACUCACUCCAGCCCCCCUUCCCCCUCUCCUGCAUGCUUUCAACCCACUCCAGCCCCCCUUCCCCCUCUCCUGCAUGCUUUCCACCCACUCCAGCCCCCCUUCCCCCUCUCCUGCAUGCUUUCCACCCACUCCAGCCCCCCUUCCCCCUCUCCUGCAUGCUUUCCACUCACUCCAGCCCCCCUUCCCCCUCUCCUGCAUGCUUUCAACCCACUCCAUCCCCCCUUCCCCCUCUCCUGCAUGCUUUCCAGCCACUCCAGCCCCCCUUCCCCCUCUCCUGCAUGCUUUCCACCCACUCCAGCCCCCCUUCCCCCUCUCCUGCAUGCUUUCCACUCACUCCAGCCCCGCUUCCCACUCUCCUGCAUGCUUUCCACCCACUCCAUCCCCCCUUCCCCCUCUCCUGCAUGCUUUCCACCCACUCCAGCCCCCCUUCCCCCUCUCCUGCAUGCUUUCCACCCACUCCAGCCCCCCUUCCCCCUCUCCUGCAUGCUUUCCACUCACUCCGGCCCCCCUUCCCCCUCUCCUGCAUGCUUUCCACUCACUCCAGCACCGCUUCCCACUCUCCUGCAUGCUUUCCACCCACUCCAGCCCCCCUUCCCCCUCUCCUGCAUGCUUUCCACACACUCCAGCCCCCAUUCCCCCUCUCCUGCAUGCUUUCAACCCACUCCAGCCCCCCUUCCCCCUCUCCUGCAUGCUUUCCACCCACUCCAUCCCCCCUUCCCCCUCUCCUGCAUGCUUUCCACCCACUCCAGCCCCCCUUCCCCCUCUCCUGCAUGCUUUCCACUCACUCCAGCCCCGCUUCCCACUCUCCUGCAUGCUUUCCACCCACCCCAUCCCCCCUUCCCCCUCUCCUGCAUGCUUUCCACCCACUCCAGCCCCCCUUCCCCCUCUCCUGCAUGCUUUCCACUCACUCCAGCCCCGCUUCCCACUCUCCUGCAUGCUUUCCACCCACUCCAUCCCCCCCUCCCCCUCUCCUGCAUGCUUUCCACCCACUCCAGCCCCCCUUCCCACUCUCCUGCAUGCUUUCCACCCACUCCAUCCCCCCUUCCCCCUCUCCUGCAUGCUUUCCACUCACUCCAGCCCCCCUUCCCCCUUUCCUGCAUGCUUUCCACCCACUCCAGCCCCCCUUCCCCCUCUCCUGCAUGCUUUCCACCCACUCCAGCCCCCCUUCCCCCUCUCCUGCAUGCUUUCCACUCACUCCAGCCCCGCUUCCCACUCUCCUGCAUGCUUUCCACCCACUCCAUCCCCCCCUCCCCCUCUCCUGCAUGCUUUCCACCCACUCCAGCCCCCCUUCCCCCUCUCCUGCAUGCUUUCCACCCACUCCAGCCCCCCUUCCCCCUCUCCUGCAUGCUUUCCACCCACUCCAGCCCCCCUUCCCCCUCUCCUGCAUGCUUUCCACUCACUCCAGCCCCGCUUCCCACUCUCCUGCAUGCUUUCCACCCACUCCAUCCCCCCUUCCCCCUCUCCUGCAUGCUUUCCACCCACUCCAGCCCCCCUUCCCCCUCUCCUGCAUGCUUUCCGCCCACUCCCGCCCCCCUUCCCCCUCUCCUGCAUGCUUUCCACUCACUCCGGCCCCCCUUCCCCCUCUCCUGCAUGCUUUCCACUCACUCCAGCACCGCUUCCCACUCUCCUGCAUGCUUUCCACCCACUCCAGCCCCCCUUCCCCCUCUCCUGCAUGCUUUCCACCCACUCCAGCCCCCUUCCCCCUCUCCUGCAUGCUUUCCACUCACUCCAGCCCCGCUUCCCACUCUCCUGCAUGCUUUCCACCCACUCCAUCCCCCCUUCCCCCUCUCCUGCAUGCUUUCCACCCACUCCAGCCCCCCUUCCCCCUCUCCUGCAUGCUUUCCACUCACUCCAGCCCCGCUUCCCACUCUCCUGCAUGCUUUCCACCCACUCCAUCCCCCCCUCCCCCUCUCCUGCAUGCUUUCCACCCACUCCAGCCCCCCUUCCCCCUCUCCUGCAUGCUUUCCACCCACUCCAGCCCCCCUUCCCACUCUCCUGCAUGCUUUCCACCCACUCCAUCCCCCCUUCCCCCUCUCCUGCAUGCUUUCCACUCACUCCAGCCCCCCUUCCCCCUCUCCUGCAUGCUUUCCACCCACUCCAGCCCCCCUUCCCCCUCUCCUGCAUGCUUUCCACUCACUCCAGCCCCGCUUCCCACUCUCCUGCAUGCUUUCCACCCACUCCAUCCCCCCCUCCCCCUCUCCUGCAUGCUUUCCACCCACUCCAGCCCCCCUUCCCCCUCUCCUGCAUGCUUUCCACCCACUCCAGCCCCCCUUCCCACUCUCCUGCAUGCUUUCCACCCACUCCAUCCCCCCUUCCCCCUCUCCUGCAUGCUUUCCACUCACUCCAGCCCCCCUUCCCCCUCUCCUGCAUGCUUUCCACCCACUCCAGCCCCCCUUCCCCCUCUCCUGCAUGCUUUCCACCCACUCCAGCCCCCCUUCCCCCUCUCCUGCAUGCUUUCCACUCACUCCAGCCCCGCUUCCCACUCUCCUGCAUGCUUUCCACCCACUCCAUCCCCCCCUCCCCCUCUCCUGCAUGCUUUCCACCCACUCCAGCCCCCCUUCCCCCUCUCCUGCAUGCUUUCCACCCACUCCAGCCCCCCUUCCCCCUCUCCUGCAUGCUUUCCACCCACUCCAGCCCCCCUUCCCCCUCUCCUGCAUGCUUUCCACUCACUCCAGCCCCGCUUCCCACUCUCCUGCAUGCUUUCCACCCACUCCAUCCCCCCUUCCCCCUCUCCUGCAUGCUUUCCACCCACUCCAGCCCCCCUUCCCCCUCUCCUGCAUGCUUUCCGCCCACUCCCGCCCCCCUUCCCCCUCUCGUGCAUGCUUUCCACUCACUCCGGCCCCCCUUCCCCCUCUCCUGCAUGCUUUCCACUCACUCCAGCACCGCUUCCCACUCUCCUGCAUGCUUUCCACCCACUCCAGCCCCCCUUCCCCCUCUCCUGCAUGCUUUCCACCCACUCCAGCCCCCUUCCCCCUCUCCUGCAUGCUUUCAACCCACUCCAGCCCCCCUUCCCACUCUCCUGCAUGCUUUCCACCCACUCCAGCCCCCCUUCCCACUCUCCUGCAUGCUUUCCACCCACUCCAGCCCCCCUUCCCCCUUUCCUGCAUGCUUUCCACCCACUCCAGCCCCCCUUCCCCCUCUCCUGCAUGCUUUCCACCCACUCCAGCCGCGCUUCCCCCUCUCCUGCAUGCUUUCCACCCACUCCAGCCCCCCUUCCCCCUCUCCUGCAUGCUUUCCACCCACUCCAGCCCCCCUUCCCCCUCUCCUGCAUGCUUUCCACCCACUCCAGCCCAGCUUCCCCCUCUCCUGCAUGCUUUCCACCCACUCCAGCCCCCCUUCCCCCUCUCCUGCAUGCUUUCCACUCACUCCAGCCCCGCUUCCCACUCUCCUGCAUGCUUUCCACCCACUCCAUCCCCCCCUCCCCCUCUCCUGCAUGCUUUCCACCCACUCCAGCCCCCCUUCCCCCUCUCCUGCAUGCUUUCCACCCACUCCAGCCCCCCUUCCCACUCUCCUGCAUGCUUUCCACCCACUCCAUCCCCCCUUCCCCCUCUCCUGCAUGCUUUCCACUCACUCCAGCCCCCCUUCCCCCUCUCCUGCAUGCUUUCCACCCACUCCAGCCCCCCUUCCCCCUCUCCUGCAUGCUUUCCACCCACUCCAGCCCCCCUUCCCCCUCUCCUGCAUGCUUUCCACUCACUCCAGCCCCGCUUCCCACUCUCCUGCAUGCUUUCCACCCACUCCAUCCCCCCCUCCCCCUCUCCUGCAUGCUUUCCACCCACUCCAGCCCCCCUUCCCCCUCUCCUGCAUGCUUUCCACCCACUCCAGCCCCCCUUCCCCCUCUCCUGCAUGCUUUCCACCCACUCCAGCCCCCCUUCCCCCUCUCCUGCAUGCUUUCCACUCACUCCAGCCCCGCUUCCCACUCUCCUGCAUGCUUUCCACCCACUCCAUCCCCCCUUCCCCCUCUCCUGCAUGCUUUCCACCCACUCCAGCCCCCCUUCCCCCUCUCCUGCAUGCUUUCCGCCCACUCCCGCCCCCCUUCCCCCUCUCGUGCAUGCUUUCCACUCACUCCGGCCCCCCUUCCCCCUCUCCUGCAUGCUUUCCACUCACUCCAGCACCGCUUCCCACUCUCCUGCAUGCUUUCCACCCACUCCAGCCCCCCUUCCCCCUCUCCUGCAUGCUUUCCACCCACUCCAGCCCCCUUCCCCCUCUCCUGCAUGCUUUCAACCCACUCCAGCCCCCCUUCCCACUCUCCUGCAUGCUUUCCACCCACUCCAGCCCCCCUUCCCACUCUCCUGCAUGCUUUCCACCCACUCCAGCCCCCCUUCCCCCUUUCCUGCAUGCUUUCCACCCACUCCAGCCCCCCUUCCCCCUCUCCUGCAUGCUUUCCACCCACUCCAGCCGCGCUUCCCCCUCUCCUGCAUGCUUUCCACCCACUCCAGCCCCCCUUCCCCCUCUCCUGCAUGCUUUCCACCCACUCCAGCCCCCCUUCCCCCUCUCCUGCAUGCUUUCCACUCACUCCAGCCCCGCUUCCCCUUUUCCUGCAUGCUUUCCACCCACUCCAGCCGCGCUUCCCCCUCUCCUGCAUGCUUUCCACUCACUCCAGCACCGCUUCCCACUCUCCUGCAUGCUUUCCACCCACUCCAGCCCCCCUUCCCCCUCUCCUGCAUGCUUUCCACUCACUCCAUCCCCCCUUCCCCCUCUCCUGCAUGCUUUCCACUCACUCCAUCCCCCCUUCCCCCUCUCCUGCAUGCUUUCCACUCACUCCAGCCCCGCUUCCCCCUCUCCUGCAUGCUUUCCACCCACUCCAGCCGCGCUUCCCCCUCUCCUGCAUGCUUUCCACUCACUCCAGCACCGCUUCCCACUCUCCUGCAUGCUUUCCACCCACUCCAGCCCCCCUUCCCCCUCUCCUGCAUGCGUUCUACCCACUCCAGCACCGCUUCCCACUCUCCUGCAUGCUUUCCACCCACUCGAGCCCCCCUUCCCCCUCUCCUGCAUGCUUUCCACCCACUCCAGCCCCCCUUCCCCCUCUCCUGCAUGCUUUCAACCCACUCCAGCCCCCCUUCCCACUCUCCUGCAUGCUUUCCACCCACUCCAGCCCCGCUUCCCCCUCUCCUGCAUGCUUUCCACCCACUCCAGCCCCCCUUCCCCCUCUCCUGCAUGCUUUCCACCCACUCCAGCCCCCCUUCCCCCUCUCCUGCAUGCUUUCCACCCACUCCAGCCCCCCUUCCCCCUCUCCUGCAUGCUUUCCACUCACUCCAGCCGCGCUUCCCCCACUCCUGCAUGCUUUCCACUCACUCCAGCUGCGCUGCCCCCUCUCCUGCAUGCUUUCCACCCACUCCAGCCCCCUUUCCCCCUCUCCUGCAUGCUUUCCACCCACUCCAGCCCCCCUUCCCCCUCUCCAAAAUGCUUUUCCACCCACUUCAGCCCCCCUUCCCCCUCUCCUGCAUGCUUUCCACCCACUCCAGCCCCCCUUCCCCCUCUCCAAAAUGCUUUCCACCCACUCCAGCCCCCCUUCCCCCUCUCCAAAAUGUUUUUCCACCCACUCCAGCCCCCUUUCCCCCUCUUCUGCAUGCUUUCCACCCACUCCAGCCCCCCUUCCCCCUCUCCAAAAUGCUUUCCACCCACUCCAGCCCCCCUUCCCACUCUCCUGCAUGCUUUCCACCCACUCCAGCCCCGCUUCCCCCUCUCCUGCAUGCUUUCCACCCACUCCAGCCCCCCUUCCCCCUCUCCUGCAUGCUUUCCACCCACUCCAGCCCCCCUUCCCCCUCUCCUGCAUGCUUUCCACUCACUCCAGCCCCACUUCCCCCUCUCCUGCAUGCUUUCCACCCACUCCAGCCGCGCUUCCCCCUCUCCUGCAUGCUUUCUACUCACUCCAGCACCGCUUCCCACUCUCCUGCAUGCUUUCCACCCACUCCAGCCCCCCUUCCCCCUCUCCUGCAUGCUUUCCACUCACUCCAUCCCCCCUUCCCCCUCUCCUGCAUGCUUUCCACUCACUCCAUCCCCCCUUCCCCCUCUCCUGCAUGCUUUCCACUCACUCCAGCCCCGCUUCCCCCUCUCCUGCAUGCUUUCCACCCACUCCAGCCGCGCUUCCCCCUCUCCUGCAUGCUUUCCACUCACUCCAGCACCGCUUCCCACUCUCCUGCAUGCUUUCCACCCACUCCAGCCCCCCUUCCCCCUCUCCUGCAUGCUUACCACCCACUCCAGCCCCCCUUCCCCCUCUCCUGCAUGCUUUCAACCCACUCCAGCCCCCCAUCCCACUCUCCUGCAUGCUUUCCACCCACUCCAGCCCCGCUUCCCCCUCUCCUGCAUGCUUUCCACCCACUCCAGCCCCCCUUCCCCCUCUCCUGCAUGCUUUCCACCCACUCCAGCCCCCCUUCCCCCUCUCCUGCAUGCUUUCCACCCACUCCAGCCCCCCUUCCCCCUCUCCUGCAUGCUUUCCACUCACUCCAGCCCCGCUUCCCACUCUCCUGCAUGCUUUCCACCCACUCCAUCCCCCCUUCCCCCUCUCCUGCAUGAUUUCCACUCCCUCCAGCCCCCCUUCCCACUCUCCUGCAUGCUUUCCACCCACUCCAGCCGCGCUUCCCCCUCUCCUGCAUGCUUUUUUCUCACUCCAGCACCGCUUCCCACUCUUCUGCAUGCUUUCCACCCACUCCAGCCCCCCUUCCCACUCUCCUGCAUGCUUUCCACCCACUCCAGCCCCGCUUCCCCCUCUCCUGCAUGCUUUCCACCCACUCCAGCCCCCCUUCCCCCUCUCCUGCAUGCUUUCCACCCACUCCAGCCCCCCUUCCCCCUCUCCUGCAUGCUUUCCACCCACUCCAGCCCCCCUUCCCCCUCUCCUGCAUGCUUUCCACUCACUCCAGCCGCGCUUCCCACUCUCCUGCAUGCUUUCCACCCACUCCAGCCCCCCUUCCCCCUCUCCUGCAUGCUUUCCACCCACUCCAGCCCCCCUUCCCCCUCUCCUGCAUGCUUUCCACCCACUCCAGCCCAGCUUCCCCCUCUCCUGCAUGCUUUCCACCCACUCCAGCCCCCCUUCCCCCUCUCCUGCAUGCUUUCCACUCACUCCAGCCCCGCUUCCCACUCUCCUGCAUGCUUUCCACCCACUCCAUCCCCCCUUCCCCCUCUCGUGCAUGCUUUCCACUCACUCCAGCCCCCCUUCCCACUCUCCUGCAUGCUUUCCACCCACUCCAGCCGCGCUUCCCCCUCUCCUGCAUGCUUUCCACUCACUCCAGCACCGCUUCCCACUCUCCUGCAUGCUUUCCACCCACUCCAGCCCCCCUUCCCCCUCUCCUGCAUGCUUUCCACUCACUCCAGCACCGCUUCCCACUCUCCUGCAUGCUUUCCACCCACUCCAGCCCCCCUUCCCCCUCUCCUGCAUGCUUUCCACCCACUCCAGCCCCCCUUCCCCCUCUCCUGCAUGCUUUCAACCCACUCCAGCCCCCCUUCCCACUCUUCUGCAUGCUUUCCACCCACUCCAGCCCCGCUUCCCCCUCUCCUGCAUGCUUUCCACCCACUCCAGCCCCCCUUCCCCCUCUCCUGCAUGCUUUCAACCCACUCCAGCCCCCCCUUCCCACUCUCCUGCAUGCUUUCCACCCACUCCAGCCCCCCUUCCCCCUCUCCUGCAUGCUUUCCACCCACUCCAGCCCCCCUUCCCCCUCUCCUGCAUGCUUUCAACCCACUCCAUCCCCCCUUCCCCCUCUCCUGCAUGCUUUCCACUCACUCCAGCCCCGCUUCCCACUCUCCUGCAUGCUUUCCACCCACUCCAGCCCCCCUUCCCCCUUUCCUGCAUGCUUUCCACCCACUCCAGCCCCCCUUCCCCCUCUCCUGCAUGCUUUCCACCCACUCCAGCCGCGCUUCCCCCUCUCCUGCAUGCUUUCCACCCACUCCAGCCCAGCUUCCCCCUCUCCUGCAUGCUUUCAACCCACUCCAGCCCCCCUUCCCACUCUCCUGCAUGCUUUCCACCCACUCCAGCCCCGCUUCCCCCUCUCCUGCAUGCUUUCCACCCACUCCAGCCCCCCUUCCCCCUCUCCUGCAUGCUUUCCACCCACUCCAGCCCCCCUUCCCCCUCUCCUGCAUGCUUUCCACCCACUCCAGCCCCCCUUCCCCCUCUCCUGCAUGCUUUCCACUCACUCCAGCCGCGCUUCCCCCACUCCUGCAUGCUUUCCACUCACUCCAGCUGCGCUGCCCCCUCUCCUGCAUGCUUUCCACCCACUCCAGCCCCCUUUCCCCCUCUCCUGCAUGCUUUCCACCCACUCCAGCCCCCCUUCCCCCUCUCCAAAAUGCUUUUCCACCCACUUCAGCCCCCCUUCCCCCUCUCCUGCAUGCUUUCCACCCACUCCAGCCCCCCUUCCCCCUCUCCAAAAUGCUUUCCACCCACUCCAGCCCCCCUUCCCCCUCUCCAAAAUAUUUUUCCACCCACUCCAGCCCCCUUUCCCCCUCUUCUGCAUGCUUUCCACCCACUCCAGCCCCCCUUCCCCCUCUCCAAAAUGCUUUCCACCCACUCCAGCCCCCCUUCCUCCUCUCCAAAAUGCUUUUCCACCCACUCCAGCCCUUGGCCAAUUUCCCCCUUUCGCUAUGCUCUCCACCGCCUCUUUCGCUGCUUUCACAUUUUCUUGGAGGUCAGGACCUCGAUCCGGCACGCCGACCCGCAGACAGUGAAGGAGUGGCACCGCGACGAGGCGAUCCGCGUGCUGAAGUUUUUCCGGACCGCUGUUCUGGCCGAGCUGCGGCGCGAGGGUAGGAAAUGGGAGUGGGCGAAGCCGUCCGAAGACGAGGUGCAGGAGAGGCUCGCCGACUGCGACGAACCCCUUCGAGAUAAAAUUCCCGAUACCGUCCGGGACUCGGACGCGGGCUCCGGCCUGCUAGCAAUGAGCGCGUUGAUCUGGGUUGUGAGGCGGUUCCAGCGCCUGACCGGCGACCUCCGUCGCAUUGCCACCAGCAUGGACAAGCCCACCGUCUCGGGGUUGAAGGCGCUGCGGAACGAGAUGGUAGCCCUCAUCAAGAAGCAAGUCCCGCUCAUACGGUCGGGGAAAACCGUUGUUGCUGCCGACGCCUGUGACGACGACGGCGAGGAAGUCCAUUCUGCAUCCGUACCAGUAGGGGUCGCCCCGAACGUCGCUGAUGCGCGUGGCAAGUCGGGAGUCGGCGUCGACGAGGCCGAUGCGGCCGCAGGAAAGGGGGUGACCGGGACCGAGGUUGUUCACGGGGAUGAUGAUGGGGUCCAGGAUCGCGAGGAGGAACGUGAGGGUGAGGGGGGCUCGGAGGAGUCGUCGGGGUCGAUGUCGGGGUCGAGGUCGGGGUCGGGAUCGGGCUCGGAGUCGGAGUCGGAGGAGGAGCAGGAGCAGGAGACGCAGGAGCACGAGAGGCAGCACCAGGAGGAGCAGUUGGUAGAGGUGGAGGACGUGGAAAUGGCGGAGGGGUACGUUGUCGGAGGAGCGGAGGGGUACGUUGUCGGAGGAGCGGAGGAAACGGGUGGGAGAUCGGCGGAUGUCGAGAACGACGAAGGGGAGGGGAAGGGUGCGACAGCGAAUAUCGGCGAGGUCGGCGUGGAGGCGGCUCACAGAGGUGGUGGCAUGGUCGAGGUCGGUGAAGGGGAUAACGCCGCGGUCCCGGAGCAGAGGGGCGUGGAUGUGCAUACCGAUGCCACCGCGGAGAAGGCCGGCGGGGAGCGGUCUAGGAGGAAGAAGGCGGCGAGCGGUCAUCCCGGUUCCACCGCGGCUGGGCGGCAGGCGCGGCUGGACGUCGUCGAUCAGCUGAGGGCGGAGAACAGGCGAUUGCGUGCAGACAAUGCACUCCUUGAACGGCGGCUCGGUGAGCAGACGGGGCGGGUCGACAGCUUGGCGGCGGCAUUAGCUGGGCUCCUCGAGAAGGUGAAGGGUUUGACCGCCCAGGUCGCCGACACCGACCGGAAAUAG